AUGGGCCGCGGACGAGGCAAGCAUACAGAGACAUGGCAGGAUCCCGACCGCGACGAUCCUCAGGGAAAGUGGAAGGUAUGGCCUGGUGCCUACUCACCCUCACGUGCUCCCUGGUGGCCCAAGGCCAAAGCGAAGCCCACUUUUCCGACAUACAGUGGUGUUUCGAACAAGGCUACCCCCACACAGCAGCCGCCGACCCCGCCAGGGCAGGGCCCCGAACCUGGCGGCUUGGUGCCGGACAUGCAAGCUGCUCUGAAUAUCGCCAGACGGGCAGAGAUCAAGGUCAGCAAGCUGCACAAGGCCUACGACCAAGCUCAGGAGCAGUGGGCCGAGUACGACCGGCUAGCCAAGGCCAAUUACCAGCGAGAACUCCGGAGAUUUCAAAAGGACUUGGCUCGAAUCGAGAAGGAGGCUGUGGAGGCCGAGGACCAGCAACAGCAGUCCAGGGAUAUGGUCAUCAAGGUUGCCCAGGAGCAGUUGUUGGGCAAGCGGCUAGAGAAGCCCGCUCCCAGCACCGACAACUCGGUCCAUGCACUCUUCGAUUCUUGGGCUGCGGAAGAGGGCAGGGACUUGGAUGGAGUCUACAAGCGUGCGCUCAACUCCCAAGCUGCCCCUCCAUGUACCCCGACGAGGCCGCAGCAUUAUUCAGCUGCCUCGCCCGUUUCGACAGGACGAGCUCCAGCCUUGACCGAUCCUUACCUACAUGGAGCGGCUGGGGCAUCCCCGACCCUUGCCUCUGGUCCUGCCUCUGCCCCGCAUGGUGGACCGCCUGGACUCAGCCCGGGUACCAGGCAGAUACCCAAGCAUCCAGGUCAGAGGGAUAUGAGCCUGUCUCGCUCUCCCGCAGGCGAGGCCCCACCACGUGCUGGGAUCAAGGAGGCUACCAAGGGCAAAGCCCAACCCGCCACUGGACAUGUGACUUUGGAGAUGAAACUGCAAGAACGCCGCGAACGAGAAAACGCGAAGCUGGCCCUCCGCCCCUUCGGGGUAGGGGCCAUUCCAGGAGCUCGUGCCGCAGGCAGUGCAGAGACCGUUCCUGUGGGAUGGGGCGGCCUUGCUGCCAUGACUUUGGACGACGACGACCCGGAUCUGGAGGAGCCUCCCGGAGCACCACGACUGUCCGAAUUGGAGAGUCUUCCUGGCAACAUGGUGUACAGUUUUGUUCUUUGUACAGCAUCUGUUUGCCCUCCUGAGCCUUGUGCUAUCCUAUCUGCAGUCGCGUGUACAGCGGAGCUGUACAGUCUUGCUUCAGGCACAGUUUUGGUCGAUCGGUUCCCGGGAGCUCCGUCUCUGCCCUCUUAUGUCGCCUUCGUCAUCCUCGGCCACCUUAACUCUUCCUUCGGCUUUGGAAGGGUCCUGGGUGAGCCCCCGCCUGGAUUUUGUUUGCUACGACACCCUUGUUUUCUCUCCUCGGCUCUCCUGGCCGUUCGCAGCUUCCGAGCAUCCUUCCCCAUUGUUGGACAUGCAGUUGUGCCCAGGAUAAGCAGAGCGCCUAAAACUCACAUCGGUGGCGCUGGGGUGAGUGCCUGCCAUGCCUGGACACUUCGCAUACCUCUUCACGGGCUGCCUUUCCCCAUUUCUCCCGUAAGGUUUAGUCCCGAUCCCUUAGGCCUUCUGCCUAAUUUUGUCAGUGCCGCCUCCGACGAAGGAUGCGAGCUUCUCCCUCGUCACACAGGCGUAGGGUUUCAGCUGGGUAGCGCGCCUAAAACUCACAUCGGUGGCUCUGGGGUGAGUGCCUACCAUCUCGUUACGCCGUGUUUUGGUUCAUCCUUCUCUGUCAUCCGGACCACCGCUGCCUUCAUGCCUCAUGGCGCCUCACCUGCCGUGCGAGCCUGUGGGUACGUGAUCCCCGUUUCGGAGGUUGGUUUCUUUACGUUUCUGGCCCCCGGGGUGCCCUCCCAGCCGAACUGCCCUCAGGAGGACACCCUAGCCUGCACACUCAUGAUCUUCCUUCAGGUUGCCCUUCAGCCCACGACGUGCUCGGCAACCGUUGGCCUGCUGCAAGUCACGUUCAUAGCAAUGCUGACCACGGUCAGCCUUCUGACCUUGUCGCCCAACCUGUCGAUCAUGCUGCUCCUCAGGCAAUUCACAGACUCCCAGACGCUGCCGGUGCUGGGCGUUUUGGCCUUGCACGAUGCCCUCGAUGCCGUCGAAAGACAAGUGCAACACUUGCGCCUGGAAGGCUGUGAUCGAGCAAUAGCAGUGAGACCUCAGCCGUUUCCAACAUGCGCAGCGUUUGUAUUGGCACCAGAUUGGGCUACGUACUCAUCCCUCUCCAUCGUGUGUCUCGAUUUGAGGGAUCUUGGCGAUAGCACUGAGGGGCCCGUGCUUGUCAGUUAUGUCACUAGGCCGACAUGCCUAGCUGAGCUUUGCCGAGAAGCAAGUGUGCACUCGCCUCAGCACUGCAAAGUGUACAUCGGCACAGAGGCCGAGCCACUCCAAGAAGACGAGGAGGUUAACCUCGCUAGUGGUUGCCUGGUAACGUUUAUGCGCACUGACAGGUUGCCGUGCCACGCCAAUGAUCUGCAGUACAGGCUGCAAUUCCCAGGUAUAUGGCAGACUCCGCCGAGGUUUCCCACCGGCCCUGCCGUGCGCAGCUCUUUGCUGCUCCUCCACUCCAGUGGGAGGUACCUCUACCGACCGCAGGCCGCACAUGACCCUGGAGACGUAGCUGCUGCAAGGUUCGUUGGAGUCGAUCGAGUCUCUGUCGAUUUCCAUGCACCUCAGGAUGGCUGCCUGGAACGGGUUAUGUAUCGCGGUAUCAGGGUCAGAGGUACCCUAGCCAUCGCUGAGCAUCACUACGACCCGCAGUUCGUAGUUUUCCUUGACCUCCGCCAGGUUGCCGAAGGUGUACAAUUUGUCGUCCUUGAUGUUCCCUACAUCCUCCUUGUUCACCUACCUCGCCUUGUGCGCUUUCAGCCACCACCGGGGUGGGCUCUCAAGGUGAGGGGGGGUAGGCGGAGAAGGGACCGCAUUGAGAUUGAUAAUUCGGCUACUUUAGUCUUCAGCUUUCAGUAUGUAUGCACCUCUGACUCGUCUGAGACCCCGUUCGACCCCACUUCCGAUGGGGAUGACGGAGACAGUGACGGUGCUCCUGACGACUCUGAUAGCGAGGACACAGAUCGACGCUCCAGUGCCACCACGCGUUCAAGGAGUCGUCGGCGGGGUUCACCUGGAACGGACCCCGGCCACUCCUCUGACCAUUCUUACCAAGGUGGUGUCAUGGGAUUCAGGGAGUUAGAGCCUUUGGUUUCACCAGUCCACCUUCCAGGGUUAUUGGUUGAUGCGGCAUGCCUUCCAGGUGCCGACCCCCAUGUGGACUGGCAGCAAGAUGCCCGCCUUCACUUUCUGGCAUCAGCCAUUGGAAGUGGGACAAGGCGUCUCCUCGCUGACGAAGGCGCUGCCUUCUACCGAAGAGCCCCGUGCAGGUAUGCAGGUGCUCCCGAGCUAAUCCUUGAGCCACACACCCUCCUUGCUGCCUUCCAAGCUGCCUUGCACGCCAAGCUCCUGUCAGAGCCUGUCCCGCACGGCAGCGCAGAUGCUGCCCGCCUUCGUGCUCUCCGUCACGCAACCGAGCAUUUAGGUGGUGACUGGCGCUACUUUGCCCCGACAACAAGACUCCACGCGAGCCUUGCAGAGGUCCCAGACUCUUCUUCUGAUGAAGAUCAGGAAGUUAGGUUGCGUCGGGCUGCUUUCAUCAUUUGCACGCCAGGAUAUGCACCAGAGUUUGUUGUCGUUGAGGUGCAAUUCCCGACUACCUUGCCUGAGCUUAUCCCUAGGCUGCGCGCCGCCAGGCGACCAGAGCAGGACUUCAGGUUCCCCCACCUCACACCAGCCACUCCACAACCUAUCGAAGGUACGGGGCUGUUCCUUGCCGCGCCGCAUUGGUGCGCUAACGCACGGGUUGUGUGCAUUGAUGCUACCAGGCUUAAUGGAAGGCUCUUUGCCGCGUAUGCGCCGGCAUAUGCGGAUAAUGACACGUUGGCAGACCUCUCCGGUGCUCACGGCCUUGAUGCCACCUUUUAUGCCGGGCUCAGCCAGGAGCCUAUUCCCGAGGGAGUCUUGACCCACCUCGUUGCGGGAUCCACUGUGUCAAUUUUCGCCCCGCACAUUGAACCCCCUCCACUGCAGGACCUCGGCCAGCUCCUUCUAGAUGCUGGACAAUGGAGCUCUCGCCCAUUGUAUGUGUACCCAGAACCUGCCGAUGCAUAUUGCCUUGUCCGCGCCACCCACCAUCAGCUCUUCCGAGCUGACCCGGGCAAGCCCACGCAGUAUCGGCGCCGUCUGGCCGCUGCUGUUGGGGCACCAGAGGCGCACAUCACUGUCACGCCCUCUGCCCCUAGGGUCGUUGGUAUUGACAUCGCUGGCGUUCCCUGCCGAACUGCAGUUGCUGUGUCGAUCCACACGCCUGACCGUGCCCUAAGGCGCCAACAGGACAUUAUCCUUGACUGCCGUCCCAUUCAAGAAGGCCUGUCGCUCUGGCCCGCGCACUCUGGCCUGCUGUUUCUGCCCGACCUGCUUGCGCACUUUCAAAGCCGGGUGCCCGUCGGAUACUCUGUUCAGGUCACCCCCGACACCCGCCAUGGAGUGCACUUGUCUGUGCAUGCCGGUGCUGUCGUCGUCGUUGAUUUUGUCGCACAGCAUCCACAUGCACCACAAGCAUCGCGUGGUCUUUCUGCUGCAGCCCCUGGUCCGCCGGACCAACGGCGUGUGCACUUCGCUGCUGAUCCGCCGUCCCAUGCACAAGAAGGCAAUGACCUGCAGCGCCCGAUAGGCUCUGGACCCGGAGAGUUUCCUGUCCCUGUAUCCACAGUACCAAGCGCUGCCAGUACUGAGAGCUUUCAAGCUGUCUUCUUGGUUUUCGCACCAUGUUAUCUCCCGGAGUUCAUCGAGGUGCAAUUAAAUGCUCCAGUUCCAUCCUCUGAAGCCAUUGCAGCUGUCCAGGCAGCGCGUUUACCCUCUCAUCGAGAGCGGUUCCCCAGGCUUCUGGCUGUUACACCUCAGCCGGACAUGGAGUACGGAACAUUGCUUGCGGCACCGGAGUGGCCCAUGUCGGAAGUUCUCGUAUUCUUCGACCUCCGCGGUUUCGACGACAGAUACUUUGCGCUCAAUGUGCCAUCGACCAUGACCCUCGGUUCAUUGGUCACCGUUGCGGAUGUACCAGCCACUGCAGAGCUUCUAGUUUAUAUCCGUGACAUGCCCUGGCCGUUGGGGGGAGACGUCCCUGUUGACCUCCUGCCCGGUGAUCUUGUUGUCUUCUUGCGCCCCGAUCACUCCAUUGCAGUCCAUGCCAGCCUUGGUGACAUGCUUCAGCAAUCUGUCGGUUGGGCAAGCGAGCCAGACAUUCCAGGUGAAUACGGGGAUAGAAUUUGGCUCGUGACAGACCACGAACCACUUCUGUUCGAAGUCAAUCGCCGCCGCGCUCACGCCUUCAGGCAAGAUGUGGCAGCAGCCCUCGACAUUUCCAGUCAUUCCAUUCGCCUGCAACCUGUCUGGCCCAAUAUCCUCACCUUCGCUGCGCAGGGGUUACUUGUUCGAUCAGUCUUGAUCGCCGUCGAGUCUCCUCCGCUCCCAGCUGAUGGCACAAGUGGCUGGGUCGUAUGCUUACUUGAUUUGCGGCCUAUUCUCCUUGGCCUGGUUGCUGCACAUGCCCCUGAUGGCAGGUAUGAUGCCCCUGGCCUGCGCCAGCGACUGCAGGGCUUCUGUCCCCCAGGUUACUGUGUUGCAAUAACCGGCGGACAUACCCGUGACGACAGCUCCACAGGAUACUUGACGGUCUUUGCAGGUGAGGUUCUCAGUGUCAAUUUUGUCGCCCUGGCGUCAACAUCUCUGUCGAGCACACCUGAGGUGAGCAGGAACGAGCCAGGCGAUGGUGGAGACCCAGGUGCCACCCCGGGCCCCUCCUCUGAGAACGGGCUUGGCGCACCCCCGUCUUCCAGCACCUCGCGCCCCAAUGCGCGCCGCGACCUUCCUCCGAGCACGCCUGCGGCGCGUGACACACAAGGCGACGCUAGGAGGUCUAUUCGCCAAACCCCUAUUGCCGCGAUUCCAGAUGCCUCUGACAAAGCAUCUGACAUCGCCCCUUGCGGGAAAGUGAUCUCACCCCUGUGCUCCUCUCCCUUCCGGCCCAUCGCAGGGCGUCUGGUUUACCCAGACAAAAUCGCCGUCGCUUUGCCGUUUGCAGCGCGCCGGGGAGAUAUCUUACAGUUCUGCUUUCUGUUGUCGGCUUAUCCACCCAGCCAGGGGAAGCUGUCCAGGUUUAUCGCCGUACACCUGAAAGCCCAGCCUGUCACCGCACUGCUAACCUCCCUGGUGUGCCCAGUCGACUCGCUGCUCGGCUGUCCCUCGACCCCGGUUCUGCCGUUUGCCAGCCCGAGCAUUCUCAUUCAGCUGAAGGGAGCGUCGCCUCAGCAGGCCAUUGAGGACUUCGACGACCAGUCGGCUUCCUCCUCUAGCAGUUGUGCUGCCGUGUCUGGCGCAGUCCCACCGUGGGCCUUGCAAGACGAACGCCCGUCCGCCUAUAUUGCAGAAUGUUACGCGCUGCUUGUGGCUGCGUGGCUUAGCAUUACCAAGUUUGCGCAGAUCCCCGUCACUCUCCGUUCGGACUGUCAGUCUGCCAUCGGAGUUUUCCAAGGAUGUUUUGUCGGCGCCCCAUGUGGAGUCGCGGCGGUCCUGCGCAGCCUUGGGCUGUUUGCGCUCGAAUUUUCCCCGCAUCCCCCGCAAGCCGCCUAUGUCGCAGGGCAUUCUGGAUGUCUAGGCAACGAACUCGCCGAUUGUCUUGCGCGAAGUGCGGCGCAGGCAAGUCCGUGUGGAUGCUUGCGUUGGUCCCCAGACGGAGCCAAACCAUGGUGGUUCCAGGACGGCCAUUCCCUUGGCUGGGCCGCAAUCGCUGUUGCGAAUCUCUCUGCCAAUGCGAUGUACCCGGGGCCGCAUGUUGAUGAAGUACCGCCAUGUGCCGACUCGAUUGGGCUUGCACCCUUGCAGCUCGAUGGUUUCAAUCUCCUCUUUGUGUCUGCCCACGUGCACGCGCACUCAGCCCUUGUUCUGGUCGGGGGAGACAUGAACGCAUCUGUAGGGUCUGUCACCUCCGCCGCCAUCGGAGGUCAAGACCCUGACCAGCAAGAUGACGCCGGCCCAUCAGGCACAUACGUUCAGAAGCGUAAUGGAGCCUUUUCCAGAAUUGACUUUAUUGCUUGCCCGGCUGAAUGGAGGGCUGGCCACAUCAACACUUGGACGGAUGAGUCCAUCCCGGCCCCCCACCGCAGGUUCGACGGUCGAGCUAUGCUUACCCCCAGCGGGCAGGCAAAGGUUGAAGGUAUUCUCAAGGCAGCUCCGCGCAUCCCUUGGGCUGCAUCUCCACAUGCCCACGCCUCCACUUUAGUCCAUUACCUCCAGGACUCCCUUGCGGCUGCCUUCCCGCCUCAGAAGGGUCGCUGCUACAGAGCUUACUUGAGUGACUCGACUUGGCAGCUGCACGGGGAGGUUAUGCGACUUCGGAAACAAUGUGUGAGUGUCAAACGAGCCCUGUCUUUUCAUCUCGUUGCAGCAGUUUUCCAAGUUUGGAAACAGGCUGACAGCGGGCCCCUACUCCACAUGCUGAACUCGCAGUGGACUAAGGAGGCUCAGUAUGCUGGUGCCGUGCAGAGCCACUUUCUAUGUCUGACGUCGCAACGUCUGAAAGCCGCUUGCAAGCAUGACCGUGCUGUGCACUUCAGCGAGCUUGCUGAUGAUGUGCAGAACAGCCGCCCCAACGCUGAUAAAGCUGUGCAACGAUUGAUGGGGUUGCGUCGCAAAAAGCCUUUUCGGCCCGAGGUCCUCCCAGAACUUCACAAGGCCGACGGCAGCCGCUGUGUCACCCCAGCUGAGGCUACUGAAAGGUGGCGGGAACACUUCCGCGAACAGGAGGACGGAUAUGACAUCGCCCCUGAGAUGCUUCCGGGUCUGGCAAGCGGCCCAGGCUUUGUCCUCUCUCCCGACAUGCUUACCGAGCUGCCCUCUCCUGAUAUCCUGUUGCAAGUCAUUGCCUCAUCCCACAAAGGCAAGGCUGCAGGCCCCGAUGGCCUACCUGCUGAAGUAGGGCAUGCCUCCCCGCAAUGCUUAGCCCAGCUUCUUAUGCCACUCAUGCUUAAAAUGGGCCUCACCUGUGUUGAACCGAUAGGUUUCAAGGGAGGAACCCUGACGAAGCUUUACAAAGGCCGCGGUGACACCGCGCAGUGUGCCAGUUACCGGGCGAUCAUGCUCUUACCCACCCUGGCUAAGCUUUUGCACAAGGCUUUCCGGCCAGGACUGUACGAAGUCUUCCACUCCAAUGCGUCCCCGGCGCAGCUAGGCGGCCUUAAGAACACUUCAGUAGUCCUCGGCUCGCACAUCACACGAGCCUUUGGAAGAUACUGCGCUGCCAAUAGCAUCACGAGUGUUGUCCUCUUCGCAGACGUCGCCUCUGCUUACUACACUGCUGUCCGUGCCCUGACCGCGCGGAAACAUGUUGCUGAUGGUGAGGAUGAUAAUGCUUACAUGCCGACCAGGGAGCAUCUUGCAGAGGAGCUUUCCAAGCCGAGCGCCAUGAGGCAGGCGCAUGCCUCGCCCUGGAUUGAGUCGCUUACCGCCGAGCUGAACAGCAACACCUGGAUGUGCCUUGCAGGCGACUCCCAACCGGUUGUAACCAGACAAGGCUCCAGGCCCGGAUCCAGCUUCGCUGAUUUGUUCUACGGGGUCACGGUCCCACGGUGGCGAGAUGAAGCUCGUAACGGAGCAGCGUCUCCUGCGUCCUCCCUUUCUGAUGUCGAGCAUGCUCCUGUGAUUUGGUGGGAUGGGCGCUUUGAUUUCUCAGAGCCGUGCACCGAUCCCACAGCCUGCACCACUUCCACAACUCUCUGUGAUGUCAUCUGGGCGGACGAUCUCGCUAAAUGUAUUGCCGUACAUAAUGCUGGAUGUGCCGCUGCCGCCACUGCAACUGAAUGCGGCCUACUUGCCGAUGCCUUUUAUGCCCACGGGUACGAACUCAGCUUCGGCCCCGCCAAGACCGCAGCCAUCGUAGUGCCCCGCGGGGCCGGCUCAAGACAAGCACGUAAGACCCUGUUCUCGGGUAAGUCAGUCUUGCCUAUUUUCAGGGAGGAAGUAGGCUGUGCCUCGUUGCCUCUUGUCACCACUUAUAGACAUCUCGGGGUCAAAAUCUCUUCCAGCAUAUCCAUCAUGACUGAGCUUCGCCACCGCGCAUCGCACGCGUGGUCCGCCUUUCAGCAAGGGCGCACCAAGGUUUUCCGCACCCGGCGGAUCUCUGUGAAAAAACGUGGCCUUCUCUUGUCGACUCAUGUCAUGACCAAGCUCCUUUUUGCUGCGGGGGCAUGGCCGCCCCUCAGUAAAGGUGAACAUUCGUUCUUCUUUCGCACGGUUGUAUCCCUGUACCGGCAAACCCUGUCUAUCCCCCACGGGGACGACCAGCACCUCACUCACGCUACCAUUUGUGCCCUUGUCGGACAGCCUCCUCCCGAGGUUCUCCUACUCACCGAGCGAGCGAGAUACCUUCUUCAGCUGCUCAACGCGGCACCCGAGCAACUCUGGGCCUUGGUUCGCCGGGAUGCCGCCUACGUUGCACAUCUGCGCAGCGCCCUUUUCUGGGUCUAUCGCUGGGUUUGUGACACCUCCAAUCUUGGAAGUCCCGAUGAUCAAUGGCCUGAGUGGGAGCAGGUUAUGCGUCAUCGUCCCCACAUCUUCAAAGCCCUCAUCAAGCGUGCACAGGGCCUUGAGCUCAUGCGUACCGCGUGUUAUGCGGCUCUCCAGGCCGUUAGGCGCGCUUUGGAGCAGCUGGUGAAGGGCAGCCCUCCCCCAGAACCUAAGGGGAUCCGCUACCAGGAGGCUUGCCUGCAGUGUAAAAUUGCCUUCCCCAGCCGAACAGCGUGGGCCUGCCACGCCUCCCGGCUGCACGCCUACCGGGCGUCCUCUACCUUACUCGCUGCAGGAUGUGAUAGACCCGUCUGCAAGGCCUGCGGGCGACUCUACGCUAGCAUUGGGCGCUUAAAGCGGCACCUCAACACUUCCGAAUCCUGCAGACGCGGCUGGGGUGCUUUUCACCCCCUUCCUGGGGGUACGUCCACCCUUCAUCCCGAAGCACCUCCUGUUGCCCUCCCAGGUGUACAUGACGGCUUCUCUGCUGCUCUCGACCCUGCGAAAGUCCACCCAGGUCUACUCCGGGAGCUCCAGGAAUUGUCUACGCCCCUUACGGAGGACGUGUGGGAUGUAGUUCAGGGCUACAUCGAGCCCCUCCCUCUGCUUAAGGAUACUCUUGAGGAAUGGGCUCAACACCCCGGCCCAGAGCAGGAUACAGAUAUUGCUGCCGCCAUCGCCGGGGACGUUUGUCUUCUUCUCGACCCCGAGUUGUGGUGUGAAGACUUCCGUGCCCCAAAAAGCCCUCCCAUGCCGGCUGUCGCCUGCCCUCCCUUCGCGGAUUUUGACUUUGGCCGCUUGUCUUUCGUGCUCACUGGAGCAGAGCAUAUCGUCGACAUUGAGGAGCCCCCUCUACGAGCUUUCGUUUACCCAUUUGGUGCGAGUGUCCCGCUUGCCGCAGCGCGUCGUCACACCGCAUGGAUGGAAGCUACAUGCGAUGCCAUUGGACUUACCUUGCAGCAGUCUCUUGCCAGCCCUGUCCGUAUUCGGCUUUCUCCUCUUGCGGCAGAGUGCCUGAAACCGAUCCCGACCUGGCUAGAGAGCUGUGGGUUCAGGGUUGAGCCGGGUUGUAUUCGUUCCCCACGCGGUUGA